CUUAAAUUAAAUGUUCUUAUAAGUUAUUAAUUGCGCAUGCGUUAUAAUAAUUUGAACCAAUUAAAUUGCUGGAUUUAAUGUGCAUGCGCUAAAAACCGAACCAAAAAAUGGAAUCUCGCGCAGAUUGCCUCUAGUGCUUCCGGUGAACUGGUGUUAAGGGUGAAUGCACAGCUGUAGCAAUCAUAAACCAUGUCAGUAGAAAUAAAUGAAAAUAAUAUCGAGUCUCUGGGAGAAGGUAUACAAGACCUUUCACGACCUCUGAAACAACGCUACAGGGAUCUGUUCACUCUGAAAAAUAUUGGUGGAAAGAUCGCCAUUGACUCCAUUGUGGCAUGUAUCACAACUGACCCCUCAGCACUGUUCAAACAUGAAUGUGCUUAUGUGUUAGGUCAAAUGCAAAACAGUUAUGCACUACCUGCCCUGAUAAAGACAUUAUCUGAUCCAAAUCAGGAUGUGAUUGUACGUCAUGAGGCUGGUGAAGCCAUUGGAGCAAUUGGUGAACAGACCCCUGAGGUGAUAGCAGCUCUGACUGAACACUUGAAGAGUGAACAUGUUGAGAUAUCUGAGACAUGUCAGAUUGCACUUGAUCUCUUGGAGUGGAAAAACAAAGACCCAUCUAAACAAGAAAAUCUGACGGGGAGUGCAGAUUAUAAAUCUGUUGAUCCAGCACCACCAAGUGUUGAAAAUGACAUAAAUAAAUUACGGGAGAUUUUAUUAGAUGAAAAAUUAUCAUUAUUUGAGCGCUAUAGAGCAAUGUUUGCAUUGAGAAAUAUUGGAAGUUCUGAUGCUGUACUCGCCCUAGCAGAUGGUUUAAAAUGUAGCAGUGCUCUUUAUCGUCAUGAGAUUGCUUACAUAUUAGGACAAAUGCAGCACGAAGCUGCAUCCAAACAACUAGCUGCAAAUUUAAUGGAUUUAUCAGAACACGCUAUGGUGCGUCAUGAAUGUGCUGAGGCCCUGGGUGCCAUAGCAACAGAGGACUGUAUGAAUGUAUUGAAGAAAUAUGCUACAGAUAAAGAACAAAUGGUGAAGGAAAGUUGUGAAGUGGCAUUAGAUAUGGGAGAAUAUCAUAGUAGUGAUCAAUUUCAAUAUGCUGAUGGUUUAUCUUAGACAUAAGCUAAUUCGUUCAUGCUUAAUGUUUAUACAUAUCUCAUUCUGUACCACUGAUCAUAAGGUAUCAGCCUUUUCUUCUCUUUCAAAAUGUGUGACUUAAUAUUUUUAGUUUUCAUCGAAUUUGCCACUUUGUCACGAGACAGUUUGAGAGAAAGGUGUAGCCAUUUCCUUUUACUGAUACAUGUACACAGUAAAUCCUAUUUAAAGUGAACACUGGAUGUUAAACAUUUUUUAAAACCACAUUUCUACAUAUUCUACAUGUAGAUUUCAAAUAUGAUAUCACUUUGACUGAGUUUUGAAUUUUUAAUGAUGUAAAUCAAGAUUAUUUCUACUCGCAUCUUGGAUAUUUAGAAAAAUGUUUUAAUUGUUU